AUGCGUAUUCCCGUAGACCCCAGCACCAGCAGGCGCUUCACUCCCCCGUCCACGGCCUUCCCCUGCGGUAAGAUGGGCGAGAACAGCGGGGCGCUGGGGGCCCCCGCGCCGGGCGCCCGCGCUCGGCCCGAGGUGCGCUCCGUCGUGGAUGUCCUGGCCGACCACGCCGGCGAGCUGGUGCGCACCGACAGCCCCAACUUCUUGUGCUCGGUGCUGCCGUCGCACUGGAGGUGCAACAAGACGCUGCCCGUCGCCUUCAAGGUCGUAGCGCUCGGAGAUGUCCCCGAUGGGACCGUGGUCACGGUGAUGGCGGGGAACGACGAGAAUUACUCGGCGGAGCUGCGCAACGCCUCUGCCGUGAUGAAAAACCAAGUAGCGAGAUUUAACGACCUCAGAUUUGUUGGGAGAAGCGGCAGGGGGAAAAGCUUCACCCUGACCAUCACCGUGUUCACCAACCCCACCCAAGUGGCCACCUACCACCGAGCCAUCAAGGUCACCGUGGACGGACCCCGGGAGCCCCGCAGGCACAGACAAAAGCUGGAAGACCAAGCCAAACCCUUCCCCGACCGCUACGGAGAGCUGGAACGGCUGCGCCAGUCCAUGAGAGUCACCCCGACAACACCCAACCCCCGCGGAUCCCUCAGCACCCCGAGCCACUUCGGCUCCCAGGCUCAGACUCCGAUCCAAGGCACGUCAGAGCUGAGCCCCUUCUCGGACCCGCGGCAGUUCGAGCGCUCCUUCCCGACGCUGCCGGCGCUGACGGAGACGCGUUUCUCCGACCCGCGGAUGCAUUACCCCGGCGCCAUGUCCGCCGCCUUCCCCUACACGGCCACACCCUCGGCCACGGGCAUCGGGGGCAUCAGCAUGACCAGCAUGCCCGCCACCACCCGCUUCCACCACACCUACCUGCCGCCCCCGUACCCCAGCUCCACGCAGAACCAGAGCGGGCCCUUCCAGGCCAACCCCUCUCCCUACCACUUGUACUACGGGACGUCCUCGGGCUCCUACCAGUUCUCCAUGGUGGCGGGAGGCGAGCGCUCGCCCACCCGCAUGCUGUCGUCCUGCACGAGCGCCUCGGCGGGGAACAACCUGAUGAACCCCAGCCUGGGCGCGCAGAACGACGGCGUGGACGCGGACGGCAGCCACAGCAAUUCCCCCACCGCCAUGAGCACCACGGGCAGGAUGGAUGAGUCCGUCUGGAGACCCUACUGAGGAGGAGCUCGGCUGCGCACCCGUGUCUUUAACUCCAUCAGCCGCCGUGGCUCCUUUUGGGAGCGACCGAAGUGAUGCCAAGGGAAAAGGUAAACCAAAGUCUUCCAAACCCAAAGCAAAGGAUCCUCUGCAUGCAAUCAUCAAGCGAAGAUGGACCGAGACCUUUGUUACAUUUCAAGGUGAACACCCACGAGGCUUGAAUAUGUCGCUUGAUGUGGUUCCUUCCGUAUGUUUUAGGUAUGUGGAUUGUACAUAGGGAAAAAAAAAAACCCCCAAGGACGUGUGGGAUCAGAUGUUUGGUACUUGUGGAACACUUCUCGAUCGUCUCACUCGCGCCUCUUCCCCACACAAAGCAUUCAGAAGUGAGGAGAAUCUCACCCUUCCUCCGCAAAAUGGUUCAGAGAAGAGAAAACAGCAGGGAUUCA